AUGAUCGAACUUUUCUCGAUUUUCAGUAAAGGAGGAGUUGUAUUAUGGAGUUAUCAGGUUAGUUUGGCGGGAAAUCGUGUUUUUCAAGUUUUUUUUGCAGGAAGGCGAGCAAAAUUUCACAGAUACAAUCAACAAUUUCAUCAAAGAAGUGCUGAUGCAAGAGCGAGGAAAUAGUUUGCAAUUCAAGGAUAAUAAUUAUACCAUGAAAUUUCAAUUGGAUAACGAACUCGAUAUUAUUUACCUGGUUGUCUAUCAGACUAUCGUCAAUCUCACAUAUGCGGAUAAAUUAUUGAAUUUAGUCACCGAAAGUUUCCGCAGAACAUUUUUGAAUGAGCUUCAGGAAAAGGCCGCUCUUUAUAGUGAUACAGAAGAAGUUUUUGCUAGUUAUGAUGAUAGUUUUCAAGGAAUUCUAGCACAAGCUGCUAAGCAUGCGAAAGCCAAUGAAAAUAUUGUGAAGAAGCCAAAAACUUUUCAAGAAUCUGCAAAAUCCCAAAAAACUAUCGAAUCUUUGAUUGUCAGUCGACCAGGGCAGCCGAAAAAGGAGGCAAAGGAGAAGAAGAAACCCGAGCAAAAUUCACCAGGAGGAUCUGAUGGUUAUACAUCUUCUCCACCAGGAAGUCCAGACGAUGAAGUGCGAAAAAGAAGAGAGGAAUUCUUUGCGAAGAAAAGUGGGAAAAAUAGCAGUGCUCCAAGAUCGCCGGAAGAAGAUGUGCAGAAGAAACCAAAGGGAAAACAGGCGAGAGUUUGGGAAUUGAGUGGAAAAGCUAGCGAUGUUGCCUCGUUGGAUCGAUCGAAUCCCGCGGAAAAUGGGGAAAAUGCGCAGAAUGAGGAGGAGAAUAAGUUUGUUGAGAGUAUGCGAGGUCAAAUUGGAUCGCUGAAGGGAGAUUUGAAAUCGCUUCAGGAAUCGGAUGAUGAGGAAGAAGAGGAAGAACAAACACAGUGAGUUCUAGAGGUUUCUGAUGAAAAUUGACCGAAAACUCACGAAAACUCAAAAAAAACUCAAAAAAUUUCGAAAAAACAUUAGUUUUUCAGGGUUUUUCAGCCAAAAAUGAUGAAAAAUCGAUAUUUUUCAAGAUUCUGCAGUAAUUUCUGAUGAAAAUUGACUUUCCAGAAGGUUUUGCUGAUUUUUCGUAAAAUAAAAAAUUUGAUGAAGCUUAUUUUCAUCAGAAAAAACAAAAAUGAUGAAAAAUCGAUAUUUUUUAAGCUUCUGCAGUAAUUUCUGAUGAAAAUAAGCUUCGAGAACCCUAUUUUUGCUUUAUUUUGUGAAUUUUUUUCGAAAUUCCUCGAGAAAAAUCAGCAAAACCUUCUGGAAAGUGAAUUCCAAGAUCAAUUUUUAUCAGAAAUCACACCAGAAGCUUGAAAAAUAUCGAUUUUUCAUCAUUUUUGACUGAAAAACCUUGAAAAACUAAUGGUUUUUCGACAUUUUUUGACUUUUUGAGCUUUCAAUGUUGAAAAACAUUUUUCUGUCACUGAAAAAAUAAAAAUAAAUUUUCAGAGUUGUUAAAUCUUCUGGAGGAUGGUUUGGAAUGAUUAAGGGACUUGUUGGAGAAAAGAAGUUGAAUAUUGAGGAUUUGCAACCGCUUGUUGAAAAAAUGAGAGAUAAUUUGAUUAGUGAGUUUUUUUGUAAUUGGAAAAUUCAUGUUUUUGACCCGAAAAACUGCAAAUCUCAACUCCUAACAUGAGUUAUGACGUGGCAAAAUCGGGAAAUUUUGAAAAAUCCGAAUUUCCUGGAGUGAUUUGAGACGAAAUAAAAUUAAUUUAAAAAAAUUUUGAAUCAGAAAAUGUCAAAAACUAUAUUUUUCCAAUUUUUUCAUUUUUUGUGGAUAAAAAUUGCGAAAAUUAAGAAAAAAUAUGAUUUUUUGGCAUAUUCUGAACCUAAUUUUUAAAAAAUAAUUUCUUGAAUCACCCCAGAAAAUUCGGAUUUUUCGAAAAUUUUCAAAUUUUGCCACGUCAUAACUCAUUUUAGAAAUAGCAGGUCAAAAUUUACUAGAGAAAAUCUCAAAUGAAAAUUUUAAAAUUUGAAAAUUUCGAGCCGUUGUCAAAAAUUGCAAAACUCGACUCCUAAUAUGAGUUAUGACGUUGCAAAGUUGGAAAAUUUUGAAAAAAAAUCCGAAAUUUUUUUUUUUGAAAAAAAUUUCAAUUCAGAAAAUUGGAAAAAUAUAGUUUUUGAUAUUUUCUGAAUCAAAUCUUUUUCAAAAAAAGUUUUUAAUGAACUUUUUUCGAAUUUUCAAAUUUUGCCACGUCAUAACUCAUUUUAGAAAUAGCAGGGCAAAAUUUACUAGAGAAAAUCUCAAAUGAAAAUUUUAAAAUUCAAAAUUUUGACCCGUUGUCAAAAAUUACAAAGCUCGGCUCCUAAUAUGAGUUAUGACGUGGCAAAGUUGGAAAAUUUUGAAAAAAAAAAUCCGGAUUUUUUUUUUGAAAAAAAAUUUCGAUUCAGAAAAUGUCAAGAAAGUUCGACUUGAAUCACCCCAGAAAAUUCGGAAUUUUCGAAAUUAAUAAAUUUAGCUACGUCAUAUCAUAUUAGCAGGUCAAAAUUUACAUGAAUUUCGUUAAAAAUCUCAAAUUAGCUUUAAAAUUCAAAAAUUUCCAGUGAAAAACGUUGCUGCUGAACCAGCCGAAAAGAUCUGCCAAUCAGUAGUCUCAAAACUCGAAGGAAAAGUCGUCAACAAUUUCUCAAGAGUGGCACAAGAAGUCAAAACAGCAGUAAGAGAAUCGCUCGUCCAAUUGCUCACUCCAAAACACCGUGUCGAUAUUCUCCGAGACGUUUUGGAAGCCAAAAGAGAUCAACGUCCCUACGUCAUUGUGUUUUGCGGUGUAAACGGUGUUGGCAAAUCGACAAACCUGGCCAAAAUCACAUUUUGGUUGACUGAGAAUAAACAUCGUGUUCUAAUCGCUGCUGGUGAUACAUUCCGUGCUGGAGCUGUUGAACAACUUCGAACACAUACACGACAUCUCAACGCGCUUCAUCCGAAUAGUGUGCAUUUGUAUGAGCAAGGUUAUGGUAAAGAUGCGGCGGCGAUUGGAGCGGCUGCGAUUAAAAUUGCGGCUGAAAGAGGUCUUGAUGUUGUGUUGAUUGAUACGGCUGGAAGAAUGCAGGAUAAUGAGCCGCUGAUGAGAGAAUUGGCCAAAUUGAUUAGGAUUAAUGAGCCGGAUUUGGUAUUGUUUGUUGGUGAAGCUUUGGUUGGAAAUGAGGCGGUUGAUCAACUUGUGAAAUUUAAUGAAGCGUUGGCGAAUCACGCGUCGCCUGGACAAAAACCACGACUUAUUGAUGGAAUUGUUUUGACCAAAUUUGAUACGAUUGAUGAUAAGGUGAGCGACCUAGAAAUGAUGGUUUUCAAGCAAUCGCGCCUAGAAAUUAUUGUUGUCAAGGGGUUGCGCCUUGAGCUCCAUUCUGUCAAGGAGCCACGGCUUGAGAGCUUAAAGGACAAGUAGCCGCGCCUUGAAAGUUCUAUUGUCAAGGGUUUGCGUCUAGAAAAAAAGUAGCCGCGCCUAGAGAUUCUGGUUUUCAAGUAGCCAAGCUUAGAGAUUCAUUUUGUCAAGGAGCCGCGUCUAGAGCUCCAUUCUGUCAAGCAACCGCGCCUAGGAAAUCUAGUAGUCAAGUAGCCAAGCCUAGAGAACGUAUUUUUCAAGGGUUUGCGCCUACAGAUCAUCUUUCGCAAGCAACCACGCCUAGGAAAUCUAGUAGUCAAGUAGCCCAGCUUAGAAAUCCUUUUUUUCAAGUAGCCGUGCCUAGAGAUCCUAAUUGUCUAGGACUCGCGUCUAGAGCUUCAUUCUGUCAAGCAACCGCGCCUAGGAAAUCUAGUAGUCAAGUAGCCAAGCUUAGAGAACGUAUUUUUCAAGGGUUUUCGCCUACAGAUCAUCUUUCUCAAGCAACCGCGCCUUGAGAGCUUCAAUGACAAGUAGCCGCGCCUAGGACUUUUAGAGAUAAAAUAGUCGCGCCUAGAUAUCCUCGUUUUCAAGUAGCUGCGCCGAGAAAUCAAAUUUUUCAAGCAACAGCGCCUAGAAAUUCAGCAAAUUCCUAAUAUGAGCAAUCCUGCUCCAAAAUAAUUAGAAAAUCCCGAAAUUUUCAAAUUUCCAGGUUGGCGCUGCUGUCUCAAUGACCUAUAUCACUGGCCAACCAAUCGUAUUUGUUGGAUGCGGUCAAACAUAUGCGGAUCUUCGAAAUCUGAACGUCGGCGCAGUUGUCAAUUCACUUCUCAGCUAA